GAGGACGGUCGUACCUUGGCCGGCUAAAACAUCCAAAAGGAGUCUACCCUCCAUUUGGUCUUGAGGCUGAGGGAAGGAAUGCAGAUUUUCGUGAAGACCUUGACUGGUAAGACCAUUACUCUUGAGGUUGAGAGCUCAGAUACUAUCGACAACGUGAAGACGAAGAUUCAAGACAAGGAGGGAAUCCCCCCAGACCAGCAGAGGUUGAUUUUUGCAGGAAAGCAACUCGAGGAUGGAAGAAUUCUAGCGGAUUAUAAUAUCCAAAAGGAAUCCACUUUGCACUUGGUGCUCCGUCUUCGUGGUGGCCAGUAAAUCCUUACAUUCACAUGGAUCUUUUGUUAGAUCAAUCGUUGUACCAAUGUGCGCUAUUAUCUCGGAGUAGCUCUUAAGUGGGAAAUGAUGUAACGCAGCAGCUGAGGAUCGGUUUCAGAUCCUCAUGCUUACAGACGAAAUACAACCUCG